UACGUAAUUUCUCCUUGAAUUCAGAAAAAAUCAAUAAUUAAAGACUAUUGAUUGCUUAAACCCGGAUUUCAUAAAGUUUCAUGUGAAUGUUACUGUGUAAAAUGCAUCAUCUCAAUUAGAGUUUCAGUGAAUAUAAUUCAGAAAAAAAAUUGUUGUUUUUGUGAUCUAAUUUAAAACUUCAGUGUUGACAUGACAGGAAGAAAGUAGGUUUUUUGCCCUCACACCCCAUUGGCUUGCAGCUCCAUUUCGUAAACUGUCAAAUGUCAAGUCAAAAAUGUCAAAACAAGUUUGACAGAAAAGCAGUAAGACCAAGCAACUGUGCGAAAAUGGCCUUCCAGGGAAAUGUUUAGGAAAAUGCAUUGUUCCAUUUGAUUUUCCAUUCAUUAAUAAACACUCCCCGAAAUACCAUCAAAUAUGACGGAGGAAAUUGAUAUAGAUCAGAUGCUGGUAAAGUUCCAGGAUGCUUUAGAUGUAUUAGCCAAAUUGGAUGAUGUCGACGAGUUACUGAACAAACUGGACAGCCAAAACAAUAGGACUGGUCUUAGAAAAGUAAAGGGCCUAAUAUCCAAUAUUCACACAAAAAUAAAUAAUGUAAAGGAGAAAGUAUAUACAACAUAUAAACGUGUUAAAGUGCGCCAACAUUCUAAUAUUGUGGAGGGUUCUUCCAGUGAAUUAGAGGAAGUUAAUGAGACAAUUAACUUAAAGAACAUACCUAGCCCUAUUAAUAAUGAUCAUGAUGCAACAAGUGAAAUUGCUGUAGAAAAUCAGUUAACACAGUCCAAUACUCAAAGUGUAGAAACAAGUAAUCAAAAUUCUUUACUUGAUAGUGAUAAAGAGUCUUCAAAUGGUGAUAAGACCAACGAAAAUAUAGUUAUCAAUGAAACAAGAGAAUCUGAAUUAAACAGCAACUCUCCAAGAACGCCACCACGUGAUUCGAGUUUACCAUUUAAUAGUGAUGACUUUGUAGAGUCAACACCAGUUGUAAAAGUGGUAAAUUCAAAAACAGUAGGUAAUUCUGCAAUAGAAAUAUCCGAUAGUUUAAUUGUGGAGAGCAGUGAUAAAGAAGACAACAGUGAGGCAGAAAAAGAAAUAGCACCUAAUAAUGUCAACAUUAGUGAAAAUGAUUCUAAGGAAAUGGAAACGAAUCAAGAUGAAGAAAAAGAAGCUGCGUUAAAGAAACCAUCCGCGGAGCAUCCAUUAAAAAUAAAACUGGUGGACAUUAAUAAAUUGUUGGCUCCCACCUCCAAACCAAUGGAUAUGACUCCACCUCCAACUAAAGGUAGAAAAAGUGUUACUUUUGAUUCUUCUGUUAUUGUUUUGGACAGUUCCGAUGAAGAAACUCCAAAGAAGACGCCAAAGGAAAGUGCAGCGAGCCCGUUAAAAAGUGCUUUAAGGAAGGGCUCCAACAAGGACGGAAGUUUGGUGGAGUUAAGUGAUUCAGACUCUAAAGAAAAUGACGAAAAUCACGGAAAUAAAAGAGAAGAAUCCCGUAAAGAAAAGAAAAAGGUUUUAAAAUCAGAAUCGGAUGACUCGGAUUCAAAUUCCAGAUCGAGACGCAGAAAGCGUAUGGAUAAGCAAAGGAGAAGUCAGUUUUCUGAACUGGUCAAAGAGAGGAGUAAGAGAAGGGCGUCGAAAGAAGUUUCGGAUGGAGAACAAUCCUCCGAUGUGGAUAAGGCGGAGAAAAGGCAAAACAAAAGGAAAAAGCGCAUCUCGUAUUGCGACAGUGAAAGUGAUAGCGAGGUAGAAACCAAAGGGAAUAAGAUGAAAAAGAAAAAAAAAGAGUCGAACAAAUCGAACUACAAUUUAGACAAAUCUUUGUCGAAAAUUAGCAAAAAGAAAAAUUCCUCUGAUAGUGACAGCGACAGCGGAGAUCAGGUUUUGUCCAGGAUUUCUGAAAAACGGGAACCGAACCUAGACGAUCCCAAAUUAAAAUCACUGGUUCAUAUACGACUACCUAAAUUUAAAUGUGAAGAGCUCCAAGACUUAUAUGAAACAAAUAGGGAGUUCUUUGAGGUUAAAAAGCUUUCCAAGUCAUCUCAUUCGCGGCACUCUAGACCAAAAAUAAAAUCUAUUGAAGUAGUUCGGAAGCCAGGGAUCAAGUUGACGUUGAAACUGAACAAAAAAGACCAGAAAAAAGGUAGCAGCGAUGACGAGAGCUCCAGUACAGGAGACAGUGAUGAUCUGAAGAAAAAGAGUUUGAAAAAGGUCACGCCUGAUGUUGAUAGUGACGUGGCAAUGCAGGAGGAAGAAAAGUCAAAAAAAGAUGCAGACACAUGUAGCGGAGAUGAGAAAGACAACCACGAAAAGGAGGCAUUAAAAGAAAAUAACACUAGUCCAGAAACUUCGCCAAAAAUGAAAAAGAAGAAGGUGCAAGAAGAAGAAGAUCCUGUUAAUAACAUUUCUGAUUCUGAUGGAGAAAAGGGCGAUUCAAGGAAGGAAAAUUCGGAACAGUCUGAUUCAGCCACUGUGGUCACUAGUGGUAAUGAAGUCGGUGACCGGACGCAUUCAGACAAAAGUGAAAGUGAUCAGGAUAGUGAUUCUAUGCCACUAAAAGCUAAGAAAAAUAACCCAUCAACUGCUUGUAGUGAUAAUAAUUCAGAAGAUAAAGAUAAAAAAUCAUCAAAGAGCGCAAGUGAAAGUGACAGUGAUUCUAAAAAUAACAAAUCAGAACAAACCGGAAAAGUCACAAAUAUUAGUGAUAGUGACAGUGAUGUAGAUUUUGCCAAGUUUUCACGAAAGAAAACUAAAUCUAAGAAGGAGAUAGUCAAGGAAGCUAAGAAGAGGAUGCAGAAAAAAUCCGUAAUUUCCGAUUCUGAUUCAGAUGACGAAAGCAGUAACAAAAAUAAGAAAGAUGAGAGCGAUAAUGAAUUUUUAGCUGGCGAAGCUAAGGAGUCAUCGAGUUCUAGCGAAGCUGAAGUUCAGAAAAGGAAGGAUUCAACUGACGAUGAAAGUGAUGAAGAAAGUAAAUCCAAACCAUCGAGGAGAAGAAUCAAGCGGGUAAAGGACAGUAGCAGUGAUGAUGACGAGAAAUCGACAAGAAAACAUCUUAGAAAGAUGAUCGACAGGGAUUCUUUAGCAGAGACCACCAAAAAAGCAGAAGCGGACGAAAGGGAACGGAAAUUUCGUAUAGCAGAGAAACAAGCAAAGUACAAUAAAAUCUUUGAACUAAAAGCAGACGUGACGGUGGAUAAGGUCGUAUUGGACUUUGACGAGAAAACAGAAAAGCCUCUAUUAAGUGUACAUAAAAAGUUGGUGAAACAGUUAAAGCCCCAUCAGGUUCAAGGUGUAAAGUUUAUGUGGGACGCCUGUUUUGAAUCCCUUUCGAGGGCAAGGAAGAGCGCAGGUGGAGGGUGCAUUUUGGCACAUUGCAUGGGUUUGGGAAAAACUUUACAGGUGAUAACGUUGGUGCAUACUUUGUUAAUGAAUAAAGAGAAAACUAAAGUGGAAAAGGUUUUGGUAGUAUCGCCAGUGAAUACAGUAUUAAAUUGGAAAAGUGAGUUUAAAAAAUGGAUGCCGAAUGAAGAAGACUUUGAAGUAUUUGAGUUGGUGUCCUGUAAAACCAGCGCAGUUAACCAGGAGCGAAACUACACAGUGAAAUGCUGGCAUGAGGAAGGAGGAGUACUCAUUAUAGGCUACAAUAUGUUUAGAAACAUCAGUAAUCCUGAUAGUAAGACUAUACCAAGAAAAAUGAGAUCUUCGUUUCAAACAGCCCUAGUCGAUCCAGGCGCAGAUUUAGUAAUUUGCGACGAAGGCCAUUUGUUAAAAAAUGAAAAAACAAACUUAAGUAUAGCAAUGAACCGAAUAAAAACUCAACGAAGGAUCGUGCUAACUGGCACCCCCUUGCAAAAUAAUUUGAGAGAGUAUUGGUGCAUGGUACAGUUUAUUAAACCGAACUUGUUAGGAACUUAUAAGGAAUACUUGAACAGGUUCGUGAACCCGAUAACAAAUGGUCAGUAUACGGACUCGACCCAGCACGACAUUAUGAUUAUGAGAAGGAGAUCGCAUGUGUUACAUAAAUUGCUGGAUGGUGUGGUGCAGCGGCAGGAUUAUGAGGUGUUGGAACCGUAUUUGCCGCCUAAGUACGAAUAUGUUUUGUUUUUAAAGCUUACACCAAUUCAAGCUAAAUUGUACAAGCAUUAUUUGGAUAAUUUUGCUCGAAGAGGAAAAACUGCUCGAACCUCGUUUCUUUUCAUUGAUUUUCAAGAAUUGCAAAGAAUAUGCACUCAUCCCAGGGUGCUGUUAAUGAAGAGUAUUGAGGAUAUGGAAAAAAAAGAUAAUUUAAGCGAUACAGAAUCAGAAGGUUCCCUAAAAGAUUUCAUAAAUGACGGAAGUGAGGCGGAAACUACCCCGGAGGGAACUUCUUCCAGUUCUGGAUCGGAGUCGGACGGAUCUAAAGCGUCAAUUCAGUCUGGUAAUGCAAAAGUUAAGCAAAAGGGUAAAGCUGCAUCGUCUGGCCGUCGAGUCAGACUGACAAGAGCUCAAGCCGCCAUGAAGCGAAAAAACGGCGAUAUAAGCAGCGAAGACGAAGUGGAAGAGGUUAAAAAGCAUUGGUUUGAUGAGUACCUCAAUCGGGACGAAUUGGACGAUAUCAACAUGAGCUCGAAAAUUUACCUUCUGUUUCAAAUAUUAAAAGAAUGCGAAGAAAUAGGUGACAAAAUAUUAGUUUUUUCUCAGUCUCUUUACACCCUAAACUGUAUAGAAUAUUUUCUGUCUCGAAUCGACGAUUGCAUCCAAUCGGGUGAAUCGGAAAAAGUUGGCGGCUUCACUGGCUCUUGGUGUUUGGGUCUCGACUAUUUCAGACUGGACGGCUCGUCGAGCUGCGAUAACCGGGCCAACUGGUGUGACCAAUUUAACGAUCCGGAGAAUAUAAGAGCCAGAUUGUUCCUAAUAUCAACAAAAGCAGGUGGUUUGGGCAUAAACCUAGUGGCAGCAAAUAGAGUGAUAAUUUUUGAUGUGUCUUGGAACCCAUCUCAUGAUAUCCAAAGCAUAUACAGGGUAUAUAGGUUUGGUCAAAACAAGCCUUCGUAUAUAUACAGAUUUGUUACAUACGGUACCAUGGAAAUGAAAAUCUAUGAAAGGCAAGUAACCAAACAAGCAAUUUCCAAGCGAGUGAUUGACGAGCAACAAAUUGACCGGCACUACAGUCAAAAUGAUAUACAGGAACUGUACAUGACUGACUUGGAACCUACAGAUAGACCAAUCCCAUUAGUACCAAAAGAUGUACUACUUGGAGAAUUGUUACAAAAACAUGAAGAACAAAUCUACAAGUACCACGAGCAUCAAACGUUAUUAGAAAAUAAGCAAGAUGAAGAAUUGAACGAGGAAGAGCGUAAGGCGGCCUGGGAUGAGUUCGAGAAUGAGAAAGUUAUUAGAAAAACCACUGUUACGAAUUUCGGAAGUGUUCAUUUGGGUGCAAUAACGAAUAGCGCACUGAACUUCUCACCGCAGUUGAUACAGAUGGCACUGGCCAACAUUGUUAAAAAGGAUAAUCCCACUUGGUCAGAUGUGCAGAUUAAAGGAAUCUUACCUGCACUGGUUACUCAAUUACAAGUUCAAAUGUUCGAGAACGACUACAGCAUGUACGCCCGGGUGGAACAAGAGAUCCGUCUGAUGCAGGCCAUUCAAGCGCAGCGAAUGCGAGAAAACUACAUCAAGCAGUACCAGUUGCAGAUGCAAAAGCAGCAAAUGUACAACCAGCAGCUGGGCAACCUGAACAUCACGCCGGAGCAGCUCAGGGCGCUCCAGUUGGCUCAGGCGUCCCAGAACGUGGCGACCGGGUUACAGGGUCCGAGCAGGGCCAACGACGUCGGACUACCCAGUGAAGUAAUCGAGUUGAAUGACUGAUAGUGGCUGAGUCUAGGGAAUUAUUUGGCGUAAUUGUGACAGACCUUGUGUUUUGGUAAAAGUUUUUUUUCUAGAUUUUUCCCAUAUCUUAGUUUCACCUGUCUGUGAUUUUAUUAUUGUUUUUUCUAAGGCAAUUUAGGUCAUUCAUGAUACGAAAAUCUACUUUUAAUCUGAUCUGCCUUUUGCCUGUGUCAUGGUAAGCAUACGGCAUAUUUUUCCUUUCCAUUUGGUCACUGUAAAUUGUAUGAUUAUAUUUAAGCCAAAACAUAUUUAUAUUAAAGCAUACUUCUAAAUUAUCAUUAUUUACCAAAUGCACAAUAAUAAGGAAAAAUGUUUUACCCAAACGUCGUGAAACGUACAUAUGAUCGCCUUAUAUUAUGUUAUAUAUUAUAGCGUAUUAUAAAGGGUAGUUCUCCAGGAAGCGUAUUUACAUACUAUACUACAGCAUAAAGCACCAUAGAACUCUGAGUUUCUGCACCGCAGUAUAAUACGUAGUUGAGAAAUGCGCCUAUUUAUCACUACAUACUAUACUACGCCUCAGAGUAUUAGAAAGAAAAAUGUUUUUAUGUGAUUUGUUUGGUGCUGUAAAAUUGGUAGUAACACAUUUAAUUACUGUGUAAUAUACGAUAAUGACGAUAUACUAUAUAUAUUAUAUAUAUAAGGAUGUUUAAAUAUUUAAUGAAUAUGAUGCGACUGGAAAAUUUGAAAACAAAUACCUAAUGAUGUGAAGGUGUGUUGUACUGUAAAAAUUUUAAUAGUAGCUUGUGGGUAGUGUUGUAAAAAAAAUCCGGAUUAAUUCAAUAUCCGGACAAUAUUGAUUCGGAUGAAUUGAAAAUUCGGUUUUUUCAUCCGGAUUAAUUCAUCCGCUCGAUGUCUCGCCCGUUCGACAAAUUAUGCCAUGUUUCGGCCUUCGGGCUCGAUGUUCGACCGUCCGAUAAACGUUUUUUAUAGCUGUUUUUCGAAUAUAAGGUAUGCAUUAUGCAACCCAUUAGACAUUUCGUUUUUACGGAUUUCUACAUGAUGUUAAAACUAAAAUAGCUAAUUAUGUAUGUAAUAAAUCAAGUGUAUUUUAAACGAUGCAAAAUAUCAAUACAAAAAUGCUUUGUUUACAAAAAAACUUCUGAAGAUCAGGCGACCCUUAAAAAUGUUGGGCGUUCUCGUAUUGUCUCUUAUGUUUGUAAUGAGUACAAUAACGAUAGAUAAAGCAAUAUUUACACAAGGCCCCGCGACGAUAUUGCCGAUUGCCGGGUUAUUUGUCCGGACGAUUUAAUUCGGAUUCUCUUAGCCGGUGGAUCGUGGAACUUCGUGAGCCUCGUACAAGCUUUUAUUUCAUUGUCGGUCGAACGGGCGGCGUGUAUCCGGACGAUUUAGAUAUCCGGAUUGAUUCGGAAUAAUUUGAUAUUCGGAUUGAACGGACGAUUCAUCCGGACUUUUCGCUUCACUACUUGUGGGGUUUUAAAGGUACGGAAAUACGUACGCGUAAAACGUAAUUUCUUUAAUCCAUUCUUAAUUUGGUUUAAUUUUAAAAUAUAGGGUUCGCUUCAGAAUGUAGAUUUAUAUUUUUUAACAUUAAUCUGCUUGUAUGGAUAAUACACUGGGGAAACUUUUCUGAAAUAACGAAAAAAAUGCUUAUAAAAGAAAGAUGUAUAAAUAAAAUAAAAUAAUAAAUGAAAGAUGACGUUGAUGGUUCAUUAGAAUCAAUUUUCAUUUUUUUGUUUUUAUUUAUCGCAAUUUUUUUUGUUCUUGCGUUUUUUACUAACCUCAAGAAAAUCUGAAUCAUCACUGGAAUCCGUUUCUUCCUGCUCGUAUUCGGAUCCCCUGCUCUUAAAGGGGUCUUCCUCUUCAUCUGAUGAUAAACCUGCUUCUGCUAAAGCCUCUAGUUCUCUUUGUGUUAAACGUUUCCUAAAAAAGAGUUUUAUAUAAAAAAUGCUGAUGGGACGAUAAUAAACUAAAGUAAAAGUCGGUGAGAACAAGAAUUUCCUAAUUUACAUGUAAAAUAUAAACACUUAACUUUAACAAAUAAUUUUAAAAACUUACCUAGACAUAUUCGAAAAAAUAUCCGUAAUUAUUUCAAGCUGUCUAACACAAUGUUUGCUAAAUUUGAAGCAAAAACAAUAGUACGCCGUCGGUUAAUUGACUGUACUACUAUUCUAAAAUAAUUGACUGCGCUGCUUGAAUAUUUUAUUGACAAGCAUUGCUGAAUGCGGAUGGGACCUCGGGCUAUACAGGGUGUUUCAGAAUUAUGGGAUCAAACUUCUAGGGGUUACCCAAGGCAACAGUAGAAAACAUUUGAGUAUAGGGACUUAUGUCCGGAAAAGUGUCAGUACGGCCCUAAGACGGAUUCAAAUUUAGAAAGGUGAUGAAUUACCUAAAUAGGAUUUAAUGCAUUUAAUUUUUGCCUUUGUACAUGAUACCAUUACAACAAUUGUUCAAAAAUCUCAGUGUCAAUGUUUAAAAAUUUUAUAGCUGAUGAUUUUCAACAUCAGCAACGUUGGUCUGUCAACAGAUGAGUAGGCAUUGUUGCUGUUUUUUUGUACAAGUACGUGAGAACUUGGCUCAGCGGUUUGGGCACCGUUGUAUUGCCAGUGUUGGCGCAGUUACUUGGCCUUCUAGGUUCCUAAUUAAAAUUGAUACAUUUUUCAUGUAGGGCUUCUUUGGUCUACGAAACUCCAGUAGAAACAGAGCAAGACUUCAUUGGACGAAGCAUUUGGAAUAAUUGAAAAUGAGUAUAAAGUCCGCCAAAAUCAGGUGCCACGUUUAAAUCGGAGUAUUUAGGUUUUUGGACAAUUAUUGUGAUGAUAUCAUGUACAAAAGGCAAAAAUUAAAUGCCUUAAAUCCUGUUCAGACAAUUCAUCGCCUUUCUAAAUUUUAACGCGUCUUAGGGCCGUACUGACACUUUUCCGGACAUAGGUCCCUAUACUCAAAAGUUUUGAUCCCAUAGUUCUGAAACACCCUGUAUAAAAAUCAUUGCAUAAUGUACCAUCAGUAUUUUUUGAAAGUUGGAUGGGACAUAUAUGAUCAUGACCCAACAGUAAUUUCAGGCUAUUAAUUUACAAAAUAAAGUCGACGCGAAAGGGUCAAGUAGAUCAUCUGGAUGUGAAGAUGAUGAAGGCAAAUUUGAAACCAUAUCUUGUUGAAAAAAACGUGUGUCAUCUUUUUCUUUACUGUUAUUUUCAUUUGUGAUCACUUCUAUAUUAGAAGUAUCCAUCAUAUCUUCAAAAAACACGUCAUCAAUAUUUUCCCCUAGGAUUAUUUCAGUUAAAAUAGGUACUAUCUAUAAAAAAAAUAAAAGAGAUGAUUCCUAGUAUUCAUAACAAAAAGAUUAGAUGCAUAAGAUAGCUUUUUCUUACUGAUUAACAGUGGUGUUCGUAUAAACUCCUUAUGUUUGGUAAUAUUGUCUAUAGAUAGGUGACAUGUCCAAUCUAUGGUAGACGAUAUUAGGUAGAUGAGUAAAAUAAAAAGAAAAUAAAUAAUAAUCUGUAUAUUAUGUCUCAUUAACACAAAAAUAUGCUUCUAAUUCAACCAUUUCUUGAGUUUUUGCUUUCAUAUUUUAAGCAAAAGUAAUUGCUUUAGGCCCUUUAAAUUUCAAAUCUAAACUAAAUAGGUAGCGCUUUAUUAAAAUCUAACAUAAUUUAUAUGUACUUAUUUAGAUACAUACUUUGUAUUCAAAUACAUAAAAAUAAAAAACCUAACACUAUCGAAAUUCUAAAACCCAAAAUACAACACACGUUUACAAACUUGUUUUUAAAUUUUAAAGUGGCAUUGUCUUCAUUAAAUAUUUUAACACGCCUCAUCUUCUAUAUUAAAAUCACCAACAAAAAUGAAACAAAAACCAAUAAUAAUAAUAAUAACACAUUUAUUCACUCUGUUACUACCAAUUUUACAGCAUCAAAAAAAUCACAUAAAAACAUUUUUUUUUUCUAAUACUCUGUAGCAUAGUAUAAUAUGUAGUGAUAAAUAAGCGCAAUUCUCAACUACAUACUAUAUUGCGGUGAGUUCUAUGGUGCUCUGUGAUAUAGUAAAAUGUAAAUACGCCUCCGGGAACUGCAUCAAUGAAUUAGAGGAAAACUGUGAAUAUGAACAUAUUAAACAUUUGGCAACUUGGCAGGGAAAGUAAUAUAGGGGUGAGAUAUGUUGGUUAGAACGGGUUAAGUUUUUAAAGAAAUUCAAAAGGGUUAGAUUAUCGACCUUUUCAAAAAAGGUGUGCAGGUUGGAACAGUAAAGAAGUUUCGUUCAAAUUUUAGGAAAAUGAUUAAACACCUACUAUUAUUUAAUGUUUUAUUGUAUUUCCAAUGUUCAAAAGAAAAAAAAUUUCCUGACAUUUCAUCUUCUUCAUGAUCAGAUGCACAGCAUUUUACUGAUUUAAAUGUUAUUUUUUAAGGUAAAUUGUUUAAAUAAAUAAUACGAAAGUAAAAUCUAUUUUGUUGUGUUUAAAUCGUUUUGUACUAUUUUUUUUUAUUAGAAGUCAUUAACAUGGACAAUACUUAGGGACUACUAAAAAUCAUAAAAAAAUAAACAGAAUUUUGGAAAAAAAAUUGAAGAUUCCUUUUCUUCGGUUUACCGAGAAACGGUCCAAGUCCACAAGAAUUAGGUUUGAACGCCGCUAUAACAAGAAUAUAACAUUACUAAGGACCUUAAUAUUUGACCGUUGUAGCUUACCUUCAUUCCGAAGUAGCGCGUCAUGUUUGGCACGGACAUUAUAAUAGACAUUGGUAUUGAUUGUUACUUUUGCUGAAAAAGAAAUGAUCUUAUUAUUAGUAGAAAAUAUAACCUCAUCGCUGUCACUUACCAUAUCUGCAUCAUCUACAGUCCUAUUAUUAGCAUGAUAAGGCAAAUUAGUUUAGUAGAUUUGUGACGUUUCAUCUACAAACUUCUUAAGUUCCUCAAGUUGGUCAUACUUCAACUUGGGAAUAGGAAUGAGGCCAUUGUAAAGUUUGUCCGGUAUUGCACCCGCUAUGCCUGGCCUUGGGGGUAUUAGAACAAAACUUGACAUAGCUCCAUUGUAACUUUCUCGCAUUUGAAUUGUUCGUGGAUGUUGAUGGCUUAUUAUUAGUUCUUCUAUUGGCCUUGUUCGAAAUGGACAGGUUUUUUUAUAUUAAGGGGUUAAAAAAUUUUGUCCAUGCAUGGAAAAUGUCUGUAGUACAUUCAAUAACAUUAAAUAGCAUUGGGAUGGAACUUCAACUCUUGUUUUCUGUUUGAUGAGAGUAAAGUCUUUAUCGCACUCUAAGUGCGAGUGUCCCCGAAUUGGAAAUGUAAUUUUGAUUUUAUCAAACCUACCUUCUUUAUGGACCAUAUAAUGUAAGAGGCGUAUAAUGGUGUAAUUCUUAUUUUGGCCUGCGCAUGAGUCGCAAAAUUUUUCCUAGAAUAUUAUGGCAAAAAUCAUGUAAUAAAGACGCGACUUCAUCAGCACUUUUCUUGGCAAUAGUCUCAGGGUAUGUAUAAAAAACAGCCUCAUUGGUUGAGAGCUUAUGAAUAUUAAAACUGACAAAGGUCAAUUGCCUUUUGUAGUAUACAUCAUUGGUAGUGAUGUUGGGUGUAGGAAGAUUUUUGGAAAAGUCCAUGGUUAUAGCUUCAAUUGACUCAUUUUUUCUGGACUGUAUUUUAGCAUGUCGCUUACUAGUAUAGAAAGUAGCUGCUUUAAGUUUAUGCAAUUUAUUUUCAUUUUCCAAACCUUUAAUUUUAUUUUGUAAUUCGAACUGUGCCUCGUUUUCGAUAGUGUUCUUUAGUUUCUCUUGUAGUGACUUCAUUUUAACUAUGUGUUCAUCACACACACUACACGUAUCGGAGCGACGAUACCCGAAACUAAUAUUAAAAUCUUUGACGAAAAUUUGUCUGUAUGCUUCAUAACUUAUUGGGUUAUUGGGGAAUUUGUCGCCGUACAUUGUGUGUAUUUUCUUAACGUUGAGUUCUUCAGGGAAGUAGAUCUUUGAUGAUUUUUUAAGGCUAUAAUGUGACUUCCUACUUUUAAAAGAUUUUAUGUGGUUACGCACAUUUUCGAUUAACUGAGAGCUCAAUCGGUGAGGGCGAUUCUGAUGUUUCCCCCUCAUAUCAGCAAAACAAUAACCGCCUUUCUUUAGGUAGUCUUUCAUAGUCAUAAUACGGCGAUUGGUAAUCCCGUGUAACGAUAUAAAAGCUUUUUGACAUACCUCAAUUUCUUCCAUCAUGCCGCCCUCGCAAUCUAAUUUAAUUCUUACUUUAAACGUAUACGAGUUAUCUCUAAGCCUUGCUGUGUUCUCGUUUGGUCUAGGUCUUCUUCUACUAACAUUCUUAAUCCCGAUUAAUCCGCAUAAAUGGCUGUUUUGACUAUUUCUAUUUUCUAGGCUAUUAAAUUUUUCUAAGAUAUAACCUCAAAACAACGAAAUCUUUUGCAGCCACAUGCAUUACCCGUCUCAUAAGUAUGAUUUCUCAAAAAUUUUGCCGCAUCACUUACACGUCCAAGCUUUAGUCUUUUUUUACUGUUUUUCAAAACACUUAAAGGUAUAUCACUGUCACUACUAUUACUUUCUUCCGACAUUUCAAGAUAGCAAAACAAACAAUAGACAACGCCAACAACCUCAUAGGACGAUACAACAAUAACGACUAAAAUGCUAACGAAUCUUAAACGAUUUAAGCGGACACAUUGUGGACUUCGACCGUUCUUUGUCGAGUUCGGGCGGAUUUGGAUCGUUAUUCCAAAGUGUACCAAACUUAUAUCGCUGAUUUUAGUGGACUACGAUCGGUAUUCUGAAGAAUAUUUUAUGGCACGUUAGGGUACCAGGGAAAGGGUAUAAAAAAAGGGGACUUGGAUCGUUUUUCCCCUGUGGUCUGCACAUACUAUUAUAAAUUUAUUUUUAUAAUUAUUUUUAUAAAUAAUUAAAUUUAUUAUGCUAAUUUUUAAAUAAAAACAAAAAAUCCGCAUUAAAACUUCCUCUUAAAUAUAACACUAAAAAAAUACUACGAAAAAUAUUAAUUCAUGGUAGUUACCGUUUUUUGAUGAGUUAUGCGUAUUGCCAAAAUUUUGGAUUUUUAUUUGUUGUAUAGGUAGAUUACUCAGCCUCAAAAACUAGAACAAUAAGAUAAAAAUCAAAUUAAUAAAAAUUCUAUUUUAUAAUAAACUUCGAAAAGUGGUAAAAAAACAAUAAUUUUGAAAUUAAUUUGUUGAAUAGCAUUAAUUUGACAUUAUAAAUAAUUAAACUUGUGUAAUAACUUAACUCAAUUUAACUAACUAAAAUAAUAUGUUAACUUACCGUUUUGAUUUUUCUUCUUAGAUGGCACAUUAGCAUUAUAAUUUAUUUAUCUCUAAAUAAAAUAAAUACUUCUAUGACAUAAAACCUUCUCAUUCAUCCGUUUUUAGGCAAACCUAGAAAAACCCUGUUUUAUUUACAGUGAAAUUAACCUGAAAAUAUGACUUUAAUACUUACACCUGACAAGAAAAAAACGUAUUAAUAUGCGAACAUUCGUAGAAGUUUCGCGUGCGUAACAAAAUAAUUCGUCGUUAGUCAUUAUAGUCAUAGCUGCGUAACUUAUCAUAAAAAAUGUAGAGUAAAAUCAAGAAAUUGUUAAAUUAUAUAGCUAUAAACGAAACCCUCUGUAUGUGGUGACCGACAAUAUGUGCCCCGCCAUGUGCCCAAAUUUUUAAUAUUUUUCCUAUAAUCCACUGAUGCCAUUACCGGAGAAUCACCCUGAAUAAGGAUGGUUAAUCCCUUAACAAUUUUCUUUUGUCAUAAAAAUAUAAGUGUAAUUUCCUGCGUAGGUACUAACAUAAUUAGGCAUUCAAUGCUUUUGUUGAUUUUAUUUCUAAGAAAUGUUUUGUGUAAUGCUGUAAUAUGUUGAUGAAUCUAAUCGAUUUAAAGUUACAGGGGUAAACCAACCACUUUUUUCAUCUCUUUUUUGGUAAUUUUUGUUAAUUCUUAAAUUAUUAUUUAACUUAUUAAAAUGAUAAUAAAUUAAGAAAUUGUAUUAGUAGCAUUUUUUAAAGCUAAUCGUUUUAUGUCCCAUUUUGAAUCUGUAAAUAGAACAUUUUUACCACCUAGGAGUCCCUUUAUUUUUGGGUUUAUAAGUUAUUAUAAUAAAUGUGUUUUUUAGUUUAAA